CAGACUAUCGGCUGACAAUUAGGAGUGAAAUGACUGACACCCCUGACGUCAAUUAAGGAGUCCUGUGGGGAUAGCAGCUACGUUUCUGGCUAGUUCAGUAGGGUAACUAAUACAAGCGUAACAAUUGGGAUUCAUUACAAUCAAGACCGGGUGGCCUAAUGUUGGUUUGGUAGUGUAACGCAUAUGGUAAAUAUUACCAUAUUGUUAAAUAAUUCAACGUAAAAUGGUUCUUGACAACAUGGGAAGAGGCGGUGCCCAGUGGUCAUUUAUUGCCUCUGUCAUGUGAAGCAUUUCUCUCGAGUUCCUAAGCUGGUUUGUGGAGACACAGCCUGCUGGCUGUUCUGCGUCCCCGUGGAAAGGAUAAACAAGAAUAAAAGGAGAAUAGAGUUUCAACUGGUAUAGUUUGUAAAGGAGCAGCAAUUCCCUCCCACUGUCCAUCCCUCCCUCUUGUUCACAAUCAUCGGCUUCUUGUUUGCAAAGCUGAACUUUUCAACAGCUCUGCAAGGUUCGGACAUGUCAUGUGAGCAGCCCCCAGGAUGAUGGCCGAAGGAUAAUGUACAAGGAGUCCCAUUACCUCAAUCCAAAGUGACCCAAUUUCUCCCCAUUUUUUGCAAAACCAUUUAAUGGCAUUGAUGCGUUCCACAGUAAGAUUGUGUGAAUUUAAUUGUUCAGUUCUCCUCUGGACACAAUCUUCAAAAGGAGUCAGGGUUCGUCUUUAAUUCGGUAUGAAGUGAUCAGGCAUUGAUUCCAGUCGAACAACACUUUCCAUCUGCAUCUAUAGAACUCUUUCUCUGGCUCCAAUACGUGCUUGCUAGCUUUAUCCUUUCCCACAACCUACCCAUUUUGUGUCCUUGGGCCAUGGUGCGAAAGAAAGGUUCCCUUGUACUAUGCGGUGCUUUUCUGUUUGUUGCAUGGAAUGCGUUGCUUUUGCUUUACCUUUGGGGACGCCCACCAGUUGGCCGACUCAGGGAAGGGGGUGGCGCAGAACCAGGAGGAAAUGAGGAGUGGGGUCUCGUCAGAGGCAAAGGAAGCCAUCUCAACUUGGCAGGGGAGGUCAUCCGGCUGGCAGAGGAAGUUGAAGUUCAACUUGAGACUCAGAAAAAGCUGUUAAAACAGAUUGAAAAUCACAGAGCAGCAUGGUCUAAGCACAAAGAUGUUGGAAAGAGAGAAAUGCCCGUUACAAAUCACUUCAUAACGGAAGCAGUUCAUCAUCCUCCAAAGCCGUUGCUUCUUUUUGAAGACAAUGUGGAUACCAAGGAUCAAACUCCAAAACACACUCAGAAGUCUUUUGCUACAGCAGCUCCAAAUGCUAACCAGCAAGCCAAUAUAAUCACAAUGGACAACACUGACCAUAAGCCUUCAAAUUCUGUUCCAAGCCCAGAAGUCGUCAUUCCCAUCCUAGUGAUUGCUUGUGACAGAGUUACAGUAAAACGAAGUCUUGACAGACUGAUUCAAUACCGCCCUUCUCAAGAACUUUAUCCCAUUAUUGUCAGCCAAGACUGCGGUCAUUCUGAAACAGCUGGCAUCAUUGGCUCUUAUGGCAAUCAAGUGACACAUAUAAGACAGCCAGAGCUCUCGGACAUUAGAGUACGGCCUGAGCACAGGAAGUUCCAGGGCUAUUACAAAAUUGCCAGACAUUAUCGCUGGGCACUUAACCAAGUGUUCAAUACUUUCUUGCAGUCCACUGUGGUCAUAGUGGAGGAUGACCUGGAGGUGGCACCAGAUUUCUUUGAGUAUUUCCGUGCCAUGUACCCAAUCCUGCAGUCUGACCCAACGCUGUGGUGUGUGUCUGCCUGGAACGAUAAUGGCAGAGACUCCUUGGUUGAUCCAUCCAAGCCUGGUCUUCUCCACCGGACAGACUUCUUCCCUGGUUUGGGAUGGAUGCUGCUUAAAGAAUUGUGGGACGAGCUUGAACCCAAAUGGCCUUCUGCAUUCUGGGAUGAUUGGAUGCGUCUGCCAGAGCAACGCAAGGACCGCUCCUGCAUUCGCCCAGAAAUCUCACGAACUAUCACCUUUGGCCGAAAAGGUGUCAGUUUAGGUCAAUUCUUUGAUCAGUAUCUACGCUAUAUUAGACUUAAUACUGAAUUUGUGCCUUUUACCAAACAAGACUUCUCUCAUUUGCUUAAAGAGAAUUAUGAUGAGAAGUUUAUCAAAGAAGUUUACAAUGCCCCGUUGGUGAAGAUAGAAGAACUGCAACAGGGGGCGAGUUUAAGAGGACCUGGUCCCUACAGAGUAAAGUACUCUAGCAGGGAUGGUUUUAAAGUUCUUGCCCGUAAUCUGGGGGUGAUGGAUGACUUGAAAUCUGGAGUCCCACGGACAGGCUACAGGGGUGUUGUGAGUUUCCUGCACCGUGGUCGAAGAAUGUUUUUAGCUCCACCAGAAGGUUGGACACAAUAUGAUGUCAGCUGGAGUUGAGACUGAUCCAGUCUGUUCAAAACAAAGUGUUGAUGAAAUUAGAUGUACUCUAAGGUGCACCCCUUGAAGACCCAACUGCAUCCUUACUGUUCAAGAAGUCCAGAAAUCCAACAGCACACAAGUGGGACUGGGAGCUGGCCUGUUGACAGGAAGCAUCUCAAACGAGGCACCACUUAGGAUCACCUUGCAUAGAGGCCACAGAGUUAAAUCUCAUGAGAGAAAAGAUUCCACGCUUGAACACAGUUUCAACAGCUUUUGGGAAAGUGCCUUUCUUUUUGACCCAUUCAGUUGGGUUAUUCAAUUUCGUAACAACUUGAUUAUAUAAAUAGGCUGGCAAAUUCACGCAUUCACAUCGACUGUAAAUAAUGUUUGGCAAGAGAAAAAAAAAUGAAUCAGCAAGGAAGUUUUGUAUUCCAGAAUAAGUGGGCGGAAAAAAGUGGAAGCCAAAAAAUGAUCUUGAACUCUUUCAGUGUGCACAUAUGAAACUGAGUGUCAAGAUUAAAAAAAAAAAAAAAAAAAAAAAUCAAUGACGGGUGGACCUCUUCAUUUAUAGAAAAACAUACAGCUGAGCCUCUGCGCUGCAACCAGAGUGUUGAAAUUCAAGACUCAUCAAAAAGUAAUAAACGAACUGAAGUUAAUAACAACUUCAUUAGAUGCUCGAGAGCUCAAAGGAGCUUCCUGGAUCAGUGUUACAGCUUUUAUCACCUUGCCCAAUUCACAAUGUAGCAGUGAAAUCAUUGCUGUCAGCAAAAUACACUGCGUUUCCACCAAGUUUUACAGUUCAUUUGGAUUUACCACUGGACACAUUAGUACAGUAAAUGUAUUUAUUUCAUUGCAUUGCUUCUAUGUUUUAAAACCGUAACAACUUACUGCGUUUAUUACUGUGGAUUUACUUUCGAUCCUCCCACUCCCCAAAAAAAUACCUACAAAAAGCAUCUCUUGCUCCUUAAAACCAUUACUUGACAUCACCUUUACAUUGCACCCUUUUUUAUAGAAAGUUCUUUUUUUAAUCAUUUCCAUUAAUUUUUUUUGUUCUUAUGCAAAAGAGUUUCCCUGCUUUUUCAUAUAACGAUUUGCAGAUGUUCUAUUACCCACUCAUAUAUCACUUAUCAAUUUUAACAUCGUCGAAUUGUCACAGUGAUAAUAUCGCAAGUUAUUUUCCCACCACUAGCUUGAACUCCCGGACGUGGAAUGGUGAUAGCAUUUUCAAAAGCAGUAAAAUUUAAUUUGCGAGAAUUCAAAUAAAAUGAAAUUUAAUAUAGGUGGGCUCUUGUGGGCUAAUGGAAACAGAAAAUAAAGAACUGUACUGCUUUGUGGAAACAGGGCUUCAGAAAAGUAACCAAAUCUUGAUUAUAAUAGCACUUGUAUAAAUUUAGAACGAGUAUUGACCAAUGAAAAUCUCUGGCCCUCAAGGAUGGAGGCUUAAGGGUGGAGUUUUUUGUUGUUGCCAGGGGGCACUUCUUGUGGCAAAGCCUAGAGAUAUAGCCACCAGUAUUAUUUUCUUUUGCAUUAAAGUGUGUGUGUGGAUUGCUCAUUUCAUAUCUAAAAAAUUUUUCAUUGUCUCCAUUGAACACUUAACACAAUGAAACGCUCAAACAUACCAGUCCACAUCCUUUUUGCACUGCCACAAUUUAUUUGACAGAAGUAGUGUUAUGGAGAAAUAUCCAAAGUUUGCCACCUCUUACAUUUCAUGGUAAGCUCUAAAGUGGGUAUGUUUGAUUGAUUAUUCAUUUCGGUGUAUUUAAGAUACUAUUAGAUGGACUGACAAUCUCUGAUGCUUUGGGUUUUAAAAGGUGUCAAUUAUGUUUUAGUUUUCUCUGUAGCAUUUCUGAUUUCCCUUUAGCUUCAUUUUCAGUGUUAAAUAAUCUGCAAUCAACCACUUGCUCUGACAGUUAACUGAAUUUUGUCUGUCUAAAUAUAUUACCACAUUGGAGGAUGAAUGGGUCAUUGAUCUAUCUUGAACUUGAAGUCUAAAACAUUUGCAAAGCAGAGUGACAUUUUACCUUGAUCCCCUGUUAUAGGGCUGGUUGUAGUUUUCAUCCAAACCAUGGUUUGGGCAGUUUAGGUUUGUUGAAAAACCGACUUGAAUGUCUUUUUUUUUUUUCCUGCUAAAAAAGAAGGCUGAUGAGUGUCAAGCAAUCAUCACUGUACUGUAUUAAGCUUUGGAUGGGUCUUUUUGGUCAUGUGAAACACUGCCUGGUGUGUUUAGAACUUUAAUACAUUAUGAAUAAAUUUGACUAUUUUGAUAUUGGUGAAAAUGUUCAGAGCUGUCUUUGAAUUCAGUUUUUGUCGUAUUGCUUAAUUGGGUUGUAGAACUGUUGAUUGUUUUUACUUGUGAAUGUUGAAAUAUGAGCACUGAUAUUUAUACAUCCAUCCAUUUUCUGAGCCACUUAUUCUCACGAAGGUCACGGGAGUGCUGGGGUCUAUCCCAGCUUUCAUCAGGCAGGGAGAAGGGUACAUCCUGAAGUUGUUGCCAGCCAAUCGCAGGGCACCUGGACACAGACAACAGUUGCACUCGCACCUAGAGGCAAUUUAGAGUCUCUAAUUAAUGCAUGUUUUUGGAGUGUGGUAGGAAA